AUGUCGAAGCUUUUUCAGCCCCUCCAUGUUGGCCGCACACAACUCUCCCACCGCAUCACCUUGGCUCCCCUGACGCGCUUCAGAGCCGACGACAAUCACGUUCCACUUUCUUACGUGAAGGACUACUAUGCGCAGCGAGGAUCCACCCCUGGAACCCUCCUCAUCAGCGAAGCAACCCUCAUCUCGCCUCGCGCUGGAGGCUACAAUAACGUUCCUGGACUCUGGAGCGACGCCCAGAUUAGUGGGUGGAAAGAGGUGACCAGCGCCGUACACGCCAAGGGGUCAUACAUCUUCGCCCAGCUAUGGGCGCUCGGCCGUGUGGCCGACCCGGCGAUUCUCGCCAGUGAAGGCUUGGAUCUGGUAUCAGCCAGCGACAUCCCCGUCAGCGGCUCCCCCAAGCCCCAUCCUCUCACUGAGGCGGAGAUUGAGGCCUUCAUCGCAGACUAUGCACAGGCCGCUCGCAACGCCAUCGAGGCCGGGUUCGAUGGCGUGGAGAUCCACGGCGCCAACGGCUAUCUCAUCGACCAGUUCAUCCAAGAUGUCAGCAACCAGCGCGCUGAUAAGUGGGGCGGUAGCAUCGAGAACCGGUCUCGGUUUCUGCUCGAGGUCGUUCGGGCUGUGAGCGGGGCGAUUGGCACUGAUAGAACGGGUCUCCGGCUGAGCCCGUUCAGCCAUUUUCAAGAGAUGGGCAUGGAAGACCCCUUGCCGCAGUUCACGCACAUCGCAAAGGCGUUGGCGCCUUUCAAACUUGCCUAUGCGCAUCUCGUGGAACCGCGCGUAGAUGGCAAUACGGAUGCCGACACUGACACCAAGAACGAUCUGCGUUUCUUCCUUGAGGCGUAUGCUCGCGCUAGUCCUGUCAUCCUUGCUGGUGGCUACACGCCUGAGUUGGCUCGCCAAAGCGCUGAUGUCACUUACAAGGACUACGAUGUCCUGGUUGCCUUUGGGCGAUCCUUUAUUUCAAACCCGGACCUGCCGUUCCGUGUGAGGGAGAACAUCGCCUUUUCGCCUUACGACCGAGACACAUUUUAUGUUCCUAAGAGUCCGAAGGGCUACAUCGACUACGAGUUCAGCGCGGAGUUCAAGGCCUCUACCGUUGACGGCCUUGCAUGA